AUGUCACCCGUAAGCGACCCACAGAUACAUCGCCCUAACUCUGUGGACCAGCGAUUGCUACGCCUCAUGAACGGGGGCGGCCGAAGAGAACUGGAAAAGGUUGAUGAAAGUGAAAGAUGCAUAAUUGGAGGAGAUAUGAAUGGCCAUGUUGGUAGCGCCAAUGGUAUCAUCAGUCGCAUACACGGAGGAAAUGCUUAUGGAAAUGGUGAUGAGGAUGGAGAGAAAGUAGUUGACAGAGCUUUAUCCUUUGAUAUGGUAAUAGGAAAUGCGAGAAACAUUAGGGAGAUUAAAAACUGCAAAGUAAUACCUGGAGAUCAUGUGACUGAGCAGCACCGCUUGGUUGUCAUUGAUGAUACCAUAGCUGCCUCGCAGAAGCAGAAAGGGGAAACUACAACUCAGAGAAGGAUAAAAUGGUUUAAACUGAAGGAAAAUGAUUUCCAACAAGAGUUCAAAGACCGAAUUCUAAGAGAGCUGAGGCACGAUAUGAUAGAUGUGAAUACCUGGUGGAAUGAUGCAAACAGUAUUAAAUUAAGAGCUGGAAAGGAAAUACUGGGUGAGAGUAGUGGAAAGAUAUGGGAAAAUAAGGAAAUUUGGUGGUUUAAUGAAGAAGUACAAGAGAAAGUGAGUACUAAGCAGCACUCUAAGAAGAAAGACAAGAAAAAAGGAGAAGAGGUGAAUGCUGCACUAAAGAAGAUGAAGAAUGGAAAAGCUACGGGACCCGAUGACAUACCAGUGGAAGUAUGGAAAGAAGAAGAAGUUGACACCUUGCAUGGAUUGAUAAAAGAGAUAAUGGAAAGGGAAGCAAUGCCAGAAAAGUGGAGAGAAAGUACUUUGAUACCAAUCUUUAAAGAGAAAGGAGAUAUUCAGAGUUGUGAGAACUAUCGGGGUAUUAAGCUGAUGCAAACCAUGGAGAAAUACCAGGAGAGGCAAAGAGUGCUGCAUAUGGCCUUCAUCGACUUAGAGAAAGCUUAUGACCGAGUACCACGCCAAGAAGUCUGGAGAGGGUUAUGA